AUGGAACCGCGGCCGUGGCCCGGGACCUGUGCGGCGGCGGCGGCGGCGGCUCUCCUCUUCCUGCUGCUGCUGGGUGCCCGGGCCAGCACCCCCAACCCCCGGUGUGACUGCGGCCACAGCUUCCCAAAGCGGACUGGUCUGGGCUGCUGCAAGGGCUGUCCAGCAGGGCACUACCUGAAGGCCCCCUGCACAAAGCCUUGUGGCGUGGCCACCUGCCUCCCCUGUCCUCAGGGCACCUUUCUGGCCCGGGAAAACCACUACGAGACCCGCUGUGCCCGCUGCCAGGCCUGCGAUGAGCUGGCCCCCCAGAUGGCCCUGAGGAACUGCUCAGCAGUGGCAGACACCCACUGUGGCUGCAGGCCAGGCUGGUUCAUGGACUGCAUGGUCAGCCAGUGCCGGCAUGGUUCCCCCUUUCGCUGCCACCCAUGCACAGACUGUGGGGCCCUGCACCGGCACACGCAGACACCUUGUUCUAGCAGAGACACCCACUGUGGGACCUGCCUGCCUGGCUUCUAUGAAUAUGGCAAGAGCUGCGUGUCCUGUCCCACGAGCACCCUUGGGAGCUGUCCUGAGCCCUGUGUGGCUGUCUGUGGCUGGAGGCAGAUGUUCUGGGUGCAGAUGCUCGUGGCAGGCCUGGUGGUUCCACUCCUGCUUGGUGCCACCCUGACCUACACAUACCGCCGCUGCCAUCCUUGCAAGGCCAUGGGGCCCACAGAUGACACUGGUGUGGAGGUCCUGACCCCCCUACAGACCACCAAUCUCUCACCCCCGGACAGCGGCCCCGCCCUUCUGGUGCCACCCAGCAGCAGUGAGAAGGUGUGUCCUGUCCAGUUGGUAGGCCACGGCUGGACCUCUGGCUCUCCCCAGACGCAGGAGGCGCCCUGCCCAGAGGCCACAUGGUCCUGGGACCAGCUGCCCAGCAGAGCUCCUGGCCCGUCGCCCCCGCUCUCGCCGGCGCCCCCUGCAGGCUCGGCGGCCGCCACGCUCCAGCCUGGCCCGCAGCUCUAUGACGUGAUGGACGCCGUGCCCGCGAGGCGUUGGAAGGAGUUCGUGCGCACGCUCGGGCUGCGCGAGGCGGAGAUCGAGGCGGUGGAGGUGGAGGUCGGCCGCUUCCGCGACCAGCAGUACGAGAUGCUCAAGCGCUGGCGCCAGCAGCAGCAUGCGGGCUUGGGCGCCGUCUAUGCGGCCCUGGAGCGCAUGGGGCUGGACGGCUGCGCCGAGGACCUGCGGAGCCGCCUACAGCGCGGCUCGUGA